UGCAGCUGGGGCGCGGAGCACAUGCUGUGGCCGAGCACAGAGAAACUGCGCGCUCUCAUACCGACACACCGUAUUCUCCCUUUUUCCUCCUCCUCUCAGACACUUCCCAAACAAAGAGAAACACGCGAGGCGGAGGAACAGAGUGCAUCCGUCGGGAACCACCGAAUCCUCGUUGAUCAGAAAAACACACACCGAUACACUCUGACCCGAACCGGUUGGAUCCGUGAGGAGAUUGAUUGAUCAUGUGUAGUAACGGAGCAAGUAACGGGACCAGCGAUAUGCUUCAGAUCCAGUUUGGUUUGAUCAACUGUGGGAAUAAAUACCUAACCGCUGAAACGUUCGGUUUUAAAAUCAACGCGUCGGCCACGAGCUUGAAGAAGAAGCAGAUUUGGACUCUGGAGCAGAGCGGGGAAGAGACUGUCGGUAAUGUGUUCUGUCUCAAGUCGCAUCUGGGUCGGUACAUAGCGGUGGAUAAAGACGGGAACGUUACCGGGGAUAGUGAGAGUUCUGGACCCGAGACCCGGUUCAUCAUCACGGCUCACGACGAUGGGAGAUGGUCUCUGCAGUCAGAGGUCCAUGGCAGAUAUCUGGGAGGCACAGAGGACAGGAUCAGCUGCUUUGCCCAGACUGCAUCAGUGGCUGAAAAAUGGAGUGUUCACAUUGCCAUGCAUCCUCAGGUGAACAUCUUCAGUGUGACCAGGAAGCGUUAUGCCCACCUGUCAUCCAAGGUGGAUGAGGUCUCUAUAGACCGCGACGUCCCGUGGGGGGUGGACUCCCUGAUCACCCUGGUGUUCAGAGACCAACGCUACCACCUGCAGACGUCUGAUAACCGCUUCCUGAAGAACGACGGCAGCCUGGAGGCCACGCCGGACAAGACCACCGGAUACACGCUGGAGUUCCGCUCCGGCAAGGUGGCGUAGGAUUGUUCCGGGCGCUACCUGGCACCGUCGGGCCCGAGCGGGACCAUGAAGAGCGGGAAGACUAGCCGCGUGGGGAAGGAUGAGAUGUUCUCUCUGGAGCAGAGUCACCCUCAGGUGGUUCUCACCGCCAGCAACGAGAGGAACGUCUCCACCAGGCAAGGUAGGACCAACACAACCUUUUAGAACAGUACUAGAACC